GUGACCGUGACCGAGCGCGGCGCGCGGACGCGGCGGCCCGGUGGACUGGCGGCGGCCCGGGGGAAGGCCGGCGGCCGCGCGAUGGGGGCCGAGGCGUCGGGGAGCGGGCCGGCGCUGCAGGAGCUCGUGCGCGAGGCCGAGAUCAGCCUGCUCGAGUGCAAGGUGUGCUUUGAGAGGUUCGGCCACCGCCAGCAGCGGCGCCCGCGCAACCUGCCCUGCGGCCACGUGGUGUGCCUGGCCUGCGUGGCCGCCCUGGCGCACCCGCGGACGCUGGCCCUCGAGUGCCCCUUCUGCCGCCGGGCCUGCCGGGGCUGCGACACCAGCGACUGCCUGCCGGUGCUUCACCUCCUGGAGCUCCUGGGCUCGACGCUCCGCCCAGGCCCCGCCGCCCCCCGCGCCGCGCCCUGCGCCCCCGGGGCCCUCACCUGCCACCGCGCUUUCGGAGGCUGGGGGACCCUGGUCAACCCCACGGGCCUGGCGCUGUGUCCCAAGACGGGGCGGGUCGUGGUGGUGCACGACGGCAGGAGGCGGGUCAAGAUCUUUGACUCCGGGGGCGGGUGUGCUCACCAGUUUGGAGAGAAGGGGGAGGCUGCCCAGGACGUUAGGUACCCGCUCGAUGUCACCGUCACCAACGACUGCCAUGUGGUUGUCACCGACGCCGGCGACCGUUCUAUCAAAGUGUUUGAUUUCUUUGGCCAGAUCAAGCUCGUCAUUGCAGGCCAGUUCUCCUUACCUUGGGGCGUGGAGACCACCCCGCAGAACGGGGUCGUGGUGACUGAUGCGGAGGCAGGCUCGCUGCACCUGCUGGAAGUCGACUUCCCCGAAGGGGUCCUCCAGAGGACAGAGAGGUUGCAAGGUCAUCUGUGCAGUCCCCGCGGGGUGGCCGUGUCUUGGCUCACCGGGGCCAUUGCUGUCCUAGAGCACCCUCUGGGUCUGGGGAGCGCGGUCGGCAGCACCACGGUGAAGGUGUUCAGCCCGACUAUGCAGCUGAUCAGCCAGGUGGAUAGCUUUGGGCUGAGCCUCUUUUUCCCCUCCAGAAUAACUGCCUCCGCCGUGACCUUUGAUCACCAGGGGAAUGUGAUUGUUGCUGAUACUACUGGUCAGGCUGUCCUAUGCUUAGGAAAACCUGAGGAAUUUCCAGUCCUGAAGCCCAUCAUCACCCACGGUCUUUCCCAUCCGGUGGCACUGACCUUCACCAAGGAGAAUGCUCUUCUCGUGCUGGACAGUGCAGCCCAUUCUAUAAAAGUCUACAAGGCGGACUGGGGGUAAAGGGGUGCGGUGGGGGCUCUGGGGUCUGCAGGCACAAGCCCUGAAAUGCCACUAAUGAAUUGUUUAAUCUUGGAUCGGUUAAUCUCAUUUCUCCAACAGGGAUCAUUCUAGCUGCCUGGCAAGCUUACAAAGGUAGAGGUAAUUAUUAAAGAAUAAUAAUAAAGAAAUAAAUCUACCGUUUAUUGAGUAUGUGCUUCCUGUGCUGGGAAAUUUGCAAAUACUCGCUUCGUGUAUUCUUACAGCUGUACGCAGGGAGGUAAUGUCUGUUAUUAAUCCCAUUUUAGAGAUGAGGAAAACAGAGACCCAGAGAGUUCAAAUGACGUCCCCAAGGUCACAUUUAUUUACUGUGACAGUCA